UGGCGUUUGGCUAAAGGCCCUGGCGCCCUAGGCACUUGUUAGUUUGCAUUAAGGAUAAUACGGUUCUGAGGUGACUCGUUGUCAUUAUACUGUCACAGAUUGAUAAUAUUGAUUUAUUCCAGGUUUGACUGUAAGAAGCGUUUAUACAAAUACUACUUUCCUCGAUCGUUGCUUAACAUUCAGGCUAUGAAAGAAGCCUGUAGUUACUUAACAGGGUCCAAUGAUUACCGCAAUCUUUGCAAGAUGGAUGUUGGUAAUGGUGUGGUCGAGUUUGUCAGGGAAAUUAUAUCUGCUGAUAUUUUACCUGUGAACCCUAGUGAUGUGGAUUCCGCUACAUCAAUGUUCUACCUCCAGAUCGAAGGUAACGCCUUCCUAUGGCAUCAGAUCCGGUGCAUCAUGGGCGUACUCCUGCUCGUCGGCCAGGGUAAGGAGACGCCUGGAGUCAUCAGGGAGUUACUUGAUGUGGAGAAAAAUCCUAGGAAACCUCAAUAUAAUAUGGCGCUGGACUUACCUCUGAAUUUAUUUCACUGUUCGUAUGACAUAACUGAGGGACAAAGCUGGAGGUGCAGCAAACAGGGGCUGGCAGAGGUGCUAGGUCAUCUGCAGAGCGAGUGGACAAUGCAUAGUAUCAAAACAACAAUGAUAAAAGAAGUCAUUAACGAAAUUGAAUCGCUAUAUAGCAAGUGUGAGAGCGAGACAGCGAAUACAGACAGCCAGGAGAGAGAAGAGGACAGAGUUAUAACGUAUGCUGAUUGUCUCCUACAGGGUGUUAGAGCUAAAGUGUAUAAGCCGUUAUUGAAGAGAGAUACCUGUUCAAGCCUAGAAGAAAGAAUAGAGCAUUAUAAGAAGAGAAGAAAAUUAGCUGAUCCCAAUAAGGAAGCAGAAGAAAAGAUGGAGUUGUAAAUAAAUAUAAAUAAACAUUUUAUA